GUUUCUAUAAAUAAAUUCCCCAUUCUCUUCUCUUUCCCUCACUUCAAUCCCUCUAAUUCUCCCACCCACCUUACCUUUUUCUGCUUCCUUCAACAUGGAUCUUCUCCUCUUAGAGAAGACCCUUCUUGGCCUCUUCUUCGCCAUUCUUGUCGCCAUUGUUGUUUCCAAGCUGCGUGGCAAGAAGUACAAGCUGCCGCCGGGUCCUCUCCCGGUGCCGGUGUUCGGGAACUGGCUCCAGGUCGGGGAUGACCUGAACCACCGGAAUCUGACCGAUUACGCCAAGAAGUUCGGCGACAUUUUCCUUCUUAGGAUGGGGCAGAGGAAUCUUGUGGUGGUGUCGUCGCCGGAGCUGGCCAAGGAGGUGCUCCACACGCAAGGGGUGGAGUUCGGGUCCCGGACCCGGAACGUGGUGUUCGAUAUCUUCACCGGGGAAGGGCAGGACAUGGUGUUCACCGUCUACGGCGACCACUGGCGGAAGAUGCGGCGGAUCAUGACGGUGCCGUUCUUCACCAACAAGGUGGUGCAGCAGUACCGGCGGGGGUGGGAGGAGGAGAUCGCCUGCGUGGUGGAGGAGGUGAAGAACAACCCGGAGGCGGCCACCGCCGGGAUUGUGCUCCGCCGCCGCUUGCAGCUCAUGAUGUACAACAACCUCUUCAGGAUCAUGUUUGACCGGCGGUUCGAGAGCGAGGAGGACCCCAUGUUUAUGAAGCUCAGAGCUUUGAAUGGGGAGAGGAGUAGGCUGGCCCAGAGCUUUGAUUACAACUAUGGCGAUUUCAUCCCCAUUUUGAGGCCUUUCCUCCGUGGCUACUUGAAGAUCUGCAAGGAGGUUAAGGAGAGGAGAUUGCAGCUAUUCAAGGACCACUUUGUUGAGGAGAGAAAGAAGCUUUCAAGCACAAAGGGCAUGGACAACAACAGUCUGAAAUGUGCCAUAGAUCACAUUCUUGAAGCCCAGCAAAAGGGAGAGAUCAAUGAGGAUAAUGUCCUCUACAUUGUUGAGAACAUUAAUGUUGCUGCAAUUGAAACAACACUGUGGUCGAUCGAGUGGGGCAUUGCAGAACUGGUUAACAACCCGGGGGUCCAGAAGAAGCUUCGCGACGAGAUUGAUGCAGUUCUGGGACCGGGAGCUCAGCUAACCGAGCCAGACACCCACAAACUCCCAUACCUUCAGGCCGUGAUCAAAGAAACACUUCGUCUCAGAAUGGCGAUUCCUCUGCUGGUCCCCCACAUGAACCUCCACGACGCCAAGCUGGGAGGGUACGACAUCCCUGCCGAGAGCAAAAUCUUGGUGAACGCCUGGUGGCUAGCGAACAACCCCUCGACGUGGAAGAACCCGGAGGAGUUCCGCCCCGAGAGGUUCUUCGAAGAGGAGAAGCACGUGGAGGCGAAUGGAAACGACUUCAGAUUCCUCCCGUUUGGCGUUGGUAGGAGGAGCUGCCCCGGGAUCAUCCUCGCAUUGCCAAUCCUCGGGAUCGUGCUGGGGCGCCUGGUUCAAAACUUUGAACUCUUGCCCCCUCCAGGGCACUCCAAGGUGGACACCACAGAAAAGGGGGGCCAGUUCAGUCUCCACAUCUUGAAGCACUCCACCAUUGUCAUGAAGCCAAGGUGUUUUUAAUUAACACUUGUGUUCGAUCUAUUACUUUAAUUUUUAUGAGGUUGUGAAGGAAUUUGUUUUGUUACAUGAUGAUGAUGAUUGGAUUGGAUUUUCACCUAGCUUCUUCUACUUUUAUUUAUUUAUAAAAUAACAAUAUCAGUUCAAUAAGACGUGAAAUCCAUGGAAUAUCUAUUCAUCAUUA